CCUCCCUGCGGAAGCGCAGCAGCGCAGUCCUGCUCCCAGACUCAUACUCCACCUCACAGUCUCCUCCAUUAGACUUCUUACUCUGAAAAUACUUGAUUAAUUUAUUUUUUAGUCUAGUUGCGUUAGUUUCCUCAAACUCAACCAGAACAGGGUAGGAAUAACUCUCCGCCAUUGUGCAGCUUCCAGCCGCUCUGGUGUGACUGAACAAACACUUUCACUUUUGUUUCUGAUGAAAUGGAGAGAGGCGGACACGAAGCUGCUAAACUUCGCGGGAUUGGAGCAGAACAAAGCAGAACCUAUUGAAAGACAUGUUUACAAGAGCAAGUUUGAAGACUUAUUAACUCGAACUAGCAAAACAGCCGGUUUCCACUGGUCCACACCCUGUCCCACUUUACUUUCAGUUUUCACUCGAUGCGUCUGGAAAGGUUGAUUAAGAAACUAUGGCAAGUCAACUGGAUAUUCAUCUUUAUGGAGAGUCUCUUGCCAUAGUUAAACAAUGUGGAGCCACUCUGUGUGUCAUCAUUGAAACUAAAUUUGGAUGUGUUGCCACCCUUGAGGGUGUGCAGCUGGAGAAUGAGAGAAACACUCCAUACCAGAGAGGCCCUCCAACCAUUCCUCCACAGAAGAGACUUGAAAUCACGAUGCCUUCUGGUAUAAAGGUGUCUGUAUGGAAGGCUGAUCUCACCAACUUCCACGCUGAUGCUGUUGUGAAUGCAGCUAAUAAAGAGUUAAAGCACAUUGGAGGCCUUGCUCUAGCUCUGUCCUCUGCUGGGGGUUUUCAAAUACAAAAGGAAUGUGAGGAUUAUGUCAAAAAACAUGGGAAAUUAAAAACAGGGGAGGCAGUUGUUUUUGAUGCAGGGCUACUACCUUGCAAAAAGAUCAUUCAUGCUGUGGGUCCAGACCUGUCAUUCAAACCUACAAAGAAUGAGGUGUUACAUGCAGAACAAUUAUUGAAGAAAACUAUUCAAAGCAUUCUUGACAAAGUUGAAGAAAAACAUCUGGCGAAUGUUGCCAUUCCUGCCAUAAGCUCUGGAAUAUUCAACUACCCACUGCCAGAAUGUGCCCAAACCAUAGUGUCUACUGUUAAACAGUACUAUCAAUACCUGCCCACUGGUAGACAUGCUCCUCAAGACAUCUUCCUUGUGAAUAAUGAUGAUCCCACAGUGCAGGCAAUUGAAAAAGCAUGCCAUCAGAUAUUUAGUCUUCAACAGUAUCCAUCCUAUAGCCAGGCUGUAGCAAAAAAUACCAGGAGCGCUGCUCCUCGAAACCCACCACCUUCAGUCCAGAUUGGAAAUGUCAUUCUGACAUUGAAGAAGGGUAACAUUGAGGAACAAAAGACAGAUGUCAUUGUUAACACUGCAUCACCAGACAGAAACCUGCAUAUGGGUAAAAUUUCCAAUGCAAUAUUGAAAAAAGCAGGUUAUGAAAUCCAAAAAGAAAUAUCAAGAGCUGAAAAGAAGGGCUAUAUGAUCAGUACACAGCCAUACAAACUGCACUGCAAAGAGGUGUUUCAUACUUUUUGCGUGGAAAGAGAGCAACAAGGAGCAGAUGUGAUCCUUUUAAAUUCUGUAUUGGAUUGCUUAUGGAUGGGUAUUACACGGCAUUACACCUCAAUCAGCUUCCCUGCCAUUGGCACUGGAGCUCUUCAUUUUAGUAAAGAAGAAUCUGCCUCAAUAAUGUUUCAUGCAGUCUUCGACUUUGCCUUUAAAGUUAAAAAAAAGAUGGAGGUUAAUUUGGUCAUAUUUCCCUCUGACCAUGAAACGUUCCAGGUCUUUGAGGAAAAACUGGGCUUUUUCCUACAGGGAUCAGCCUCUUCCAGCUCUCCAUUUGAGCAAUCAGGAGAAGGGAAAUACAGCCUUCGUUCUCACCAGCAACACUCUCCAGGUCAGUCUUGGGGGUCUCAAGGACAUCCCAGGGGAGAAGGUGAAUACAGCACCGCCACAUCUGGCCAUGAAGCUGAUUCCCACACAAAGAGAGCUCUAACCCCAAACAUCCGCUUGCAUGGUCCAUCUCAUGAAUCAACAAAAGAGGCUGAGAAGUGGCUCGAUAACCUUCUCACCAGUCAUUCUUAUACCAUUUACAACAACUUCAUCUUGCACUUUGGUGAGGGAGACCAUGUGCAGCUGUCUGCUUUUGCAGAAAAGGGAUUAAUUGAAGAGUAUUUGACAAAAGGUCAUGCAUGUAUAGAAAUAACUGGAGAGACAAAGGAAGACACUGUUCUUGCUGCUCUGGAGGUGGAGGCCAUGCUCUGUAAAAUUCAGAAGGAGUUCAUCUCAGAGGAAGAAGGUGAACUGCAGAUGUGGACCCAAACAGAGAAAUCCUAUAAAAGGGAAACAAUUGAGAAGUCAAGUAAAGAAUUGAGAAGUCAAUAUGAGGCCUUUUUCAGACACGGGCUGAGAGUAAUGAAGGUGGAAAAAGUAGAGAAUAAUCCUCUGAAGUUGAUGUUUGAAAUGAAGAAAAAGCAGCUUGGCAGUUCAUCUUCUAGAACCAUGUUUCAGUGCAUCCCAGCACAGUUCUGUGAGAUGAUCAGUAGGAUUGGGUUCCAGGCUGAGUGUUCACCGCCUGAAGAUCCAAGUUUCGGAGAGGGCAUUUACUUUGCAAGAACCGUUGGGAAGGCCCUGGAGCUGUGGAGGAAUAGAAAGGAAGAGUACCUGUACUUUGUGGAGGCUGAGGUUCUGAGGGGAAAGUCAGUUUCUGGUAAACCAGAUCUCAUAAUAGCUCCUGCCGUGGACAGAGAUCCCAGCAUUGUCUAUGACAGCGUGGAUGGAGGCCCUGAUAUCUCCGUUAUCUUCAGUGGUUAUCAAGCUUUACCCAAGUACAUCAUCAUCUGUAAGAAGGAAGGAAAAGGAAGUGGUUUACAUGUUUAGGGAGAGUCUAUGAGUUAUGUUACUCAUAGUUCAAUAUAAGAAAUUCAUUUAAUUUAAAAAAUGAUCAAACAGAAGCACCAGGAAAAUAACCCAAGGUUAUCAAUGAUACAAAAGAUGCCUCAGUUAUCAGCUUUACUUUCAGCCUCAUUGAAACGAUUGAAAUACACACUUAUUUAGCUCAAGUAAGAAAUUCAAGACCUUCUAAAAAUCCAGAUUUAAAAUUAGCUUAAUAAUCUUAUAAGCAACAAAAAUAUGUGUUAGUUUAUUACUUUAAGACUAAAAAAUACUUUGGAUAGAUCCUUAAAGAUAUUUAGAUUUUUUUGUAAAUAAAUCAGUAGUGUGAAAGUUUUUCAGUCUUUAAAAUCUUUGUGGAAAUCUUUCAAAAAUAUGGAUUUAGUUUUUGUCUUAUUAUCCUUUUUAUGAAUCCUUUGUUUGAAAAUUGUUUUGGGGAAAAUGUAAAUCACCCCUUUAUAUUUUACUGUAUUAAAAAUGUAUAUCUUUUUUGUUGAGUCAUUAAAUCUACAAAUGAAUCAGUUUAUUUUACUUUACAUUCUCUUAGCGAUCAUUCUUCAUUUUCCUUUGAUUAAAAAAAUCUUCAUUUAGGUGCUUUUUAGCACAUCUGCUUGUAUAUUUCAUGGGGAUCUUUAACUAUUAUUGUAUCAAAGUGUCUAAAUUUAAUAAAAGUUUAACCAAUUUCUGUAUACCUCACCAAAAUAUCAGCUUGAGAUUUAAUGAAGCUAAAUAUAGUUUGCAUUUAUCAUACACUCUUGAAUCAUUCUUGAAUUAUUCGCUACUUCUUAAAAUCUAAAACA